AUGGAGGUGGAUUGUGAACUUGAUUCUGAUGAUGAGUGUAUUGAAACUGUAUUGGUGGAGGGGUCUCCUAAUAAGGCUGCGGAAGUACUCAAUUCACAGUUCGCUCUCACUUUAUUUCCUCCAAACAACUUGCCGCGGAAUGGUGUAUUUACGGAUGAUAACUCCAUUGGUUUAAGCAGCCAAUCUGUUGAAGAGGAAAAGGAUGAGGUAGAUGAUAUAGACGAAGGUACAUGGUUUGAGGAUCAUAAAGAAGGUGCUACAAUGAAGGAUGAUGGUGAAUUCUCUGUGCCAAAGAAAUCGGGACGGAAACCAAAGUUGGAAAUAACUAAGAUGCAUCAUGGUACUUUCUUGCGUCGGUCUGAUCAUUUGAGUUGA